CAGCGGCUGACGGUUUCAACCCCAAACGCUCGGAGCAGCCGGGGGAGAGGCGAAGGGCGAAGAAACCGCAAUCAUGGAGCAGUUGUAGGGAUAACGGACAAGCCUCUCCUGUCGGAAGAAAUCAGAGGAACCACAGCUACAUGACCGAAAACGUAAAACCCAAAGCGGCAACGAGAAACGCAAGAGUACAAAUCAUGCAGUUCAAAUACAGAAUAAUCUAAUUAUUUAUACCAUCAAAAAGGUUCUCCGCGAUCCUUCCAGGUUGGAACUGCUAGAAAUCGUCCUGUCCCCACACCGUUCCUCGUAGGAUCAGCUGGCGCAUCGCGGAGGUUGAUUCAUCCGCACCAUUCAUAGUAUGUCUGUGGAGGAGCAGCGCUUUUCCGACGCAAUGCUGGUGCAAGAGGCCGGACCGGAGUGGCAGCGAUCCGAGAUCGAGCGCCUUUCCCGGGAGCUGAGUGAGACCACCCAUGAGAAGAUCCAGGCGGCGGAAUACGGGCUGGCGGUGCUGGUGGAAAAGCAGCAGCUGAAACAGCAGUAUGAUGAUCUGGAGGUCGAAUACGACACGGUGCGACAGGAACUGGACAUGCUCAAAGAGGCGUUCGGGCAGGCCUACUCCAACCAUAAGAAGGUGGCUGCAGACGGGGAGAGCCGGGAGGAGUCUCUGAUCCAGGAGGCGGUGUGCAAGGAGGCCUACUACGAGCAGCGGGUCCUGGAGCUGCAGACGGAGAUCCGCCAGGCCCGCAACAUCCUCACCAACACCCAGUCGGAGAACGAACGCCUGGCCGCCAUCGCCCAGGAGAUGAGAGAGAGCCACCAGGUGAUGGAGCUCCAGCGAACUGGCCUGCGCGAUGACAUUAAGGAGUACAAGUUCCGGGAGACGCGGCUGCUGCAGGACUACUCCGAGCUGGAGGAGGAGAACAUCUCCCUGCAGAAACAGGUCUCCGUGCUGAAACAGAGCCAGGUGGAGUUUGAGGGACUUAAACACGAGAUUCGUCGUCUGGAGGAGGACACCCAGUUCCUAAAUAGCCAAUUGGACGAUGCCAUCCGCCUAAAGGAGAUUGCAGAGAGACAACUAGGGGAAGCGCUGGAGACCAUCAAGACUGAGCGAGAGCAGAAGGCAGCCAUGAGGAAAGAGCUCUCCCACUACAUGACCAUAGGAGACUCUAUGUACCACAGCCCCCUCAGCAUCUCUCUGGAUGGACUCAAGUUCAGCGAUGACACUGCUACGGAACCCAACAAUGACGAGGCUCUCCUUGGUUACGAGAACGGCUUCAGCAAGCUGGCCAACACAAUUGCCGAGGACAACCGUGCGUCCACUCCCAAGAAAGGCGAUCAGUUCCGUCCCAUCCCCAGCCUGGUAGAUGACCUGCUGAGUGAACUCAACAUCUCUGAGAUCCAGAAGCUCAAACAGCAGCUGCUGCAGAUGGAGCGUGAGAAGGUGUCCCUGGUGUCCACGCUGCAGGACUCUCAGAAGCAGCUGGAGCAGGCCCAUGGAGCUCUGGAGGAGCACCAGGAGAAGGUCAACCGCCUCACAGAGAACCUCAAUGCCAUCCGCCGUCUCCAAGCAAGCAAGGAGCGCCAGUCGGCCCUGGACAACGAAAAGGAGCGGGACAGCAAUGACGACGGCGACUACUACGAAGUGGACAUCAACGGACCGGAGAUCCUGGAGUGCAAGUACAAGGUGGCGGUGUCAGAGGCGGGGGAGCUGAAAGAGGAGCUAAAGACGCUGAAGGCUGAGUACCAGGCUUGUCAGUCCCGCUACGAGGAGGAGCGAGGCCGUCUGGAGACAGAUGUCACAGCCCUGGGGGAGAAGCUGGCCUCCCUGGAGAAGAUCAGCCGCGCGGAGAGAGAGGAGAAGGUCAAGCUGGAAAAAGAGCUGCGCAAGGUGAGUGACGUGGCGGGCGAGUCCCAGGGCAGCCUGAGCGUGGCGCAGGACGAGCUGGUCACCUUCAGCGAGGAGCUGGCCACCCUCUACAACCACGUGUGCAUGUGCAACAACGAGACGCCCAACCGGGUCAUGCUGGACUUCUACAAGGAGGGCAAGGGCGGGCGCGCCAGUCCGGAAGGCCGCGGUCGCCGCUCCCCCAUCCUGCUGACCAAGGGCCUGUUCCCCGAUGGUUCCGACGGCCCCCUGUCCCCCGUCUCAUCCCCCCCCUCGCCGCGGGAGCCCAUGAACGUCUACAACCUGGUAGCCAUCAUCCGGGACCAGAUCAAGCACCUGCAGCUGGCGGUGGACCGCACCACGGAGCUGUCCCGUCAGAAGGUGGCCUCCCUGGAGCUGGGCGCCGUAGCUGACAAGGACAAGGAGGCCUGCAUGGAGGAGAUCCUGAAGCUCAAGUCCCUCCUCAGCACCAAGAGGGAGCAGAUAGCAACCCUGAGGACCGUGCUCAAAGCCAACAAGCAGACGGCUGAAGUGGCGCUGGCUAACCUGAAGAGUAAGUAUGAGAACGAGAAGGCCAUGGUGACGGAGACCAUGAUGAAGCUGAGGAACGAGCUCAAGGCCCUGAAGGAAGACGCCGCCACCUUCUCAUCGCUUAGAGCCAUGUUUGCCACACGCUGUGACGAGUACGUGACCCAGCUGGAUGAGAUGCAGAGGCAGCUGGCGGCGGCGGAGGACGAGAAGAAGACCCUGAACUCCCUGCUCCGCAUGGCCAUCCAGCAGAAGCUGGCCCUGACCCAGCGCCUGGAGGACCUGGAGUUCGACACGGAGCAGACCCGCCGCGGCGGCAAACCCAGGGGCCGAGUCGCCAAUGGCCGGAGUGCCGGCGGCCAGACCAACGGGUCCGGAAACCCCAACGUAAGUCACGGCCUCACCUGCGCCGGCAUCGGUCGCCUCACCGAGCCCAGCGCCGUGCCCAACGGCAUCCUGGGAGGCCCUGCCGUCUUCUGCAGCGAGAAGUACAAGAUCUACUGUGACUGAAGCGGGCCGCGCAGUCGGCGAGGAACAGUUGUGUACAGAGGGGAGGGUCCGGAGGCUCCCCCCCCCCCCCCGCCUUAGUGUUAAAGAGCCCCACUACGCUCUCGCUUAGUUCCCUGCCUGCAGCCUCGUCGGCCAUGUCUAACCCACACUACAUACAUACGCUCACGGCUACCAGUGUAAAUGCUUUAAGGGAAUGCAGAUAUUGAUGUACAGUAGAGUGUUGCGUUAGAAGUUACGGACUGUAGUUGAGGCACUGUGUGUGGCAUGUGGAUGAAGCCCGAACCGGCCGCCGGCGUUCGGCUUCUGUGGAUAUUAUGGGGUGUUUCUUCUUUCCGCCUCCUUGGUGAUGUACUUAUAAUGGUGUAAAAGGCAGCCUCUGUCGUGUGCUAAGUGUGCUCGGCGCUCGGCGCUCGGUGGGGAUGUUGGCGUCUUUUUUUACGGGCGGUGCGGCGUCCUUUCCCCGUUUUUGACCGCCUGUCGGCGUCGGUGCUCCUUCGGUAAAGCCCCCUCCCUGCAACUCUUCUCUCUUUGCUCUCCUGGCCCCCCAGGACAGAGCCAGCCCCAGCGACCCGCUGACCAAUCAGGUCGCUCCCUAACGUUUACAUAAACAAGUGAAACAAAACAAUAUGCAAACUCCCCCCCUGCUAGGGGAGCCCCCGGUGUGAUUCGCCGGUUUUUUCGAACUGAAUUCUUCGAAAAUCCUAAAGCAGGUCAGCUGAUGAUUAGCGAUGUCAGAGAGAUGGGAGGUGAAGGAGCACCUAAGACCACAGGUGUUUAAUUCCAGGAUCCUUUAAGCUGUGACACUUGUGCUCUGACAUAGUAGAGUCAGUCAGUCUAAUCGCAUGGCUUUGCUGCUGAGCUUUUCCGUUUUUUUCCACUAAACAGACACAACACAAGAACAUGUAGUACAGGGCUCUACAUUAGAAUUAUUUAAUAUCUUCGGAGACGAAAAGAGGGCUGUUGUACAUGACUCGUAUAUGUCCCAUUGGUGGAUUCUUUCAGAGCCAUAUUACUGGAGAAGGAACCCAAAUUAAGUGCGCUUCAGAAUAGGUGCCUCUAACUUCUAUUAGGAAAGGAUACAAAUAACUGUGAACAAAUACAAUGUCGUUUGGUUAAUGUUGACUUUUGUAAUUAUCAGAAAAAAAGAUCGUUUAAGAGCACAAGAAUCCCUGGCACCCAUAUCUAGAUCUUAAUUCUGCAAACAAAACUGACCGACAUCCCUCGGCAAAGUGCCUGUCGACCCAAACACUUGACAACAACUAUAUCUGUCUAUCAAUCUAUCAAUGUAAAGCCCUGUCUUUUUACCAUUAACCCCAAUGCUAAUCUCUCCCUCUCUAUCCUCGUCGCUCCUCAACCCUUCUUUGGGGGGGAGUUUAUGUUCUCCAGUGAACUAUGUGAUUUGUGGUUAUUUGGCUGAAAACCUUGUCCUCCUUCCGUCUCUAACCUGUUUCUCGUCGCUUAGUUGUCAUGACAACCCCUCUCUCUCUUUUAGAUUGUCAGAAGCUUGCUCGACCUGCAACGCCGGUCUCCCUUUAAGUAGAGAGGGGGAUUGUGGGUGGGAAAAAAACCUCUGAAUAUUGUCAGGUAAUGUCCUCGCGCACGUAUGUGUUCUAGAACCCUGCCAGUGGGUGCGCGCCCGUGCGCGCGUGUGUGUGUGUGUGUGUGUAUCUCAGCUCCUGCAGUGUGGUGAAAGAUCCUAAUGUGUGUAUGUUUUUUUCUCUCUAAAUAAUGCAAAGGGUCAUUCAUUUCUGAGAUGCUGUUUGGAUGCGUGAGGACAAAACACUGUACUGUCUUUAUUAUCCAAAAAAGCUUUAACCUUUGUGAGCUAGCGCUACAGCAGAUUAAAAACAUGUGGGGCUUGUGUGUGAUAAAUCCCUGUAAUGCAUAAACACACAUUGUUAGCUUUACGAUGCUAAAAGCAGGGUUGACGCGAGGAUAUCCUUGAAGAUUUCAAAUUCUUAUUUUUUUUCUACCAGUAACCUAAAUAAAACUAUAUAUUCCUAACAAUACGAUCUUAAUCAGGUUCUUCUAGGGUCCUCCUUCGCCAAACUCAACUCUCGUAUUAAAGAGAGGGAGAGCUCUGUUUCCUCGGAAAGAGAGAAACGUCCUCAACCCUGCUAUAGUUGACUUAAGUAAGUGCUGCCCUAUGAGGCCUUUAAACACACCACACAGUAUCCAGACAAGGCUAUCGCUCACAUCCGAGAAACGCCUCCACGGAGGGACAAAUCACACUUCUGUUCUCGUUCCAUGUCGACGACAGCAAUAGGCUCACACUUUGUAUCAGUUUGCGUUAAGUGUAGAGACCGCGAGAGGAGUAAUAUUGGUGUUUAAAAAUCCCUGAGGCUGGAGAGACACGAAGACGAGCUCUCUCUCAGACGACGCUGUUCAUGAUUAUGACAUCUGUUGGGGAAAUUGGUACCAGGGUUUUCUGGGGGUUUCGAAACAUUUUGUUUUAAUAUGAGGUUUUGGUUUGACUGCUUUGCCUCUAAAUGGGGUAUCUUGCCAGUGGACAUUUGAUUCAAUUGAGUUGACUCUCCAUCCCCCUUUACUUUAUGUAGGCUCUGUCGAUUCCCUGAUAAUUAAUGUAAUAAUCCAAGAUGUGAAUGAGGCUAGAGAUACGGCCCUCCCGUACUCCUGGUCUAAUUUAAGACCAAUGUCUACCUGGUGUUGUCAACUUAAUGCCACCAGAAUAAGCUCCUCCUACCUCUUACUGCAGGCCCCUCCCACUUCACCUUUUGAGUUCUGUCAAGCUCUUUGUCGGAUUUCUUAUUUGUUGAACACUUGCAUGCAAAACAAAAAAAAGACACAUCCAUUUUUAUUAACCUGCAUGCAAUUUGGGAAAGCCCUUCCUAAGACCUGGUUCUGGCGUUCGGUUUAAACUCUGAGGGAUAGGCAUGUGUUGUGGAGGUGUCAAAUGUCAUAGUACUAGUGAGGUCAUCGUCUUCUUGCCCUCGCUGGUCAUUUUCCAUCAGCUACUCUGAAACAUAAUGACACAGCAUUGAUGUUUCAGUUUCUGCUUUAGGACAACUAACCCACAGGUAGUUGCUGGAUGCUUGAACUAACUGGGGCUUCAGCAAUCUUUGUAUUCUUCCUUAUUUAGUGUGCUUGACUGGAAUGUCAUGGUAACUGACCAAGUUAACAUAUCUCAGAAUUCAGUAAUAAUGCUAAUUAUGAUGAUCUCUUUGUUAUCCUCCAUCACAGGAUCCUCACGCAGGGCCAACGUCCCUUUCAGUGCACCCAGAACAGCUAGCUCUGUAGGCUGAGAUUACGAAAUCCACUUCAAGACUAAAAAGUCCUAACACUAACCAAAUAUUCCUCCAAGUGGCACGCUAACUGGCUUUGUAGCCUGAUGUCCGAUCUGUGGGAAUGAAAAGUUGUUUCACAUUUCCCGGUGCUACUGCCAGAAGCCGAUGCUCAUAAGUUCAUUGGCUGCCCUCCUCAUGCAUAUUAAUCAGAGUUUUUGAAGGGCUGAGUUAUCCCUCCAAUGAGAAGCGUGGUGAACCAGAGUCUUUUCUCAGUGUAAAUGAACAAUGUUUUUUUUCUGGUUUAUAUAUAAUUAUUAUAUUCUUUAACCUGUGCACUUUUAUAGAAUUCUAACUUUAUAUUAUUAUUAUCCUAGGAAAGGUUUGUAGUGCUAUGGUUUGUGAGUUAUUUAGUCGAGUAUACACAUUCUACUAUAUUAAUAGGAAUAUAUUUCGUCCUAUAAAGUUGUCUCUCUUACCAUCAGCAGAGACCAUUUGCUCUCCCAAUGUCACACCACAAACCAGGGUCCUACUAUUGUGCUUUGGAGAAUUUAUCCAUCUGACUUACCAUCCUUUUAUAUUGGUUUGUUUAUAUAGUUAUUAUUUUUAUGCUGUUGGUUUGAUUUUAUGUAUGUUCUACUGCCAUGUUCUAAACAAAAUCCAGGGUGAGCAAAUUCUGGGGUUUUCAUAUAUUUAUUAUUCCUAGGAAUAGUUCAAAGAUAAUGCGGAGAAACUUGACGACACUCUGACUCAAAAAAUGGUAAGAAGUUCAUUGUUGAGAAAGAAAUGGAGGGACAAAAUUAUUUUGGUUUUUCCAGCUUCUUACCAGGGGUGUCACAUUGAUGAGGGAUCACUGGUGCACAGAAUUCUCUGCAAGUGGAACCAUUAAAUUCCAAAUUGGAAUUGUUUCAUUCUCUCUGUUUAUCGUGCCUAGUCUUGGUACACCAUUUUGGUUUGGGGGGAAAGAACAAACCAUACAUCAGUGAUAAGGUGUAGUUUGGCUUUUGUUUAGGGUUUGUUUUGUUCUUCGUUCUAACCAGUAGUGCCUUUCAUUCUUUCAAGGGAGAAUUGUAGACUAGCAUUUUAUUUGUAUUUUUUCGGUGAGGAGUUUGGGUUUGAACUAAUUCGUGAGCAGCAAUAAAUGCAAAUAGGAGUAGCCCUUUUUGCAGGAGUUAGAUUAUUGUUUUGAAAUUAGCUCAAUUAAACUAUAUUGUAUUGAAUUCUCUAGGUCAGUGAUCCCAACAGCAAAUUCAGGGGUAUUGAGAAAAGGUUGUUUUUUUUAUAAAACUUUGGGAAUGAAAAUAAAUUCCUUUGGCCUCCUAGUGAACAACAUGUCACAAACACCUCUACAGUGUUUGGGCAGAUCAGUGUACUAUUGGAAACAUCAGCGUGAUCUCUAGCUUUGUAUGGUGAAGGUAAUGUGAUAUUAAUAGUAUUGUUGGCAAAUGUGCAGAGUGCAUUACUCUAUUGUUUGUCCAUUUUGAGUUUUUGUUUUUUUAUUCUUGAAUCUUUUUUUACAUCUUAUAUUAAAGCAUUGUGAUUUCAGGAAACAGAAAACAAAUUUUGCAUCAACAAGCUUGAAUAGUGCCAUAAAAGCCAAUGCUUGUUUGUUGAGGCGUAAAAUGUUAUCAAUCCAGUUGGAAAGCUAAAAGGAAAUGAAAAUAAAGUGCAAUUUAAAAGCUGUUUUACAAGGAAAAGAAACGUUUUCUGUUUGCUGGAAGCGAUAGCAUUGUGGUGACACACUAGUCUGCAAACUUUAUAUUGUGAUAUUGUGUUUCAGUAUUGAUCCAUAUUGAGAGUUUGAUACCUUUAUAUGAAAUAACGACUUCAUCUGUAUGUUGGUAUUUAUUUGAAUUGUCAUGCAGUACUGUAUUCUUAUCAAUAAUGUGCAUCUUGAUUAGGGGCAUAUUGAUUACCACUUAAUGUCAUAUGCAUGUUCAUCAGUCAUGGGAACCUUUACACAGAAUCGAAAACAAACCUGUAACUUCGGAGAUGUUGAACGGUGAAAAAGUCAAAAGAAAAGAAACAGAUGGAAAGAAACUAUUUAAUCUAAUGUGUUACUGCUGAAUUAUUCAUAUGAAAGUGUUGUUUUGUUUUCCUUUGGAGCUGUGUAAAGGUAAUCAUACUGACUAAACUCAAUAAAGGUGACUAAAAAGG